CAAUGGUGGAGAGUACUGAGUUACGUCACUCUAGCAACAUGUGUUUGAAUCAUUGCGGACUAGUCUAACUGGCAUAGCUAUGCUGCCACUUUCCCUACCGAGGAUUUUUAUGGCGGUGCGUCAUUUUUAUGCUCCCACCGUCAUAAUUUUUGUGACGUUUUCGCCGAUGAAUCUUUGCUAGUUUUCGGCGGAGCGUGAUUUUGGAACGUUGAUGCGAGUGAUAAUCUCGACAUUGUGAUUUCUGCAGUCGAUUUUUGGUGCUAUUUGAGGAAAGAAGGCCGAGGUUUGGAUGUGUGAAAGAAAGUGGGGGCGAGAAAUUUUGUGACGACCCGUGUUUGAUGAAUGUGCUGGACACGGUGAGGAUGUCCACUCAAGAAAAGUCGCUCUUUGAACGGUCCGGCGUGCGGAGGAUUCAUGAAUGGAAUACGAACCAUAAGGGAAAUGCCUCAACCGGGCUACAAGGCAAUAUGUCUGAAGACGGUCAUGGGAGGCAAUCUUACACGGGUGCCUUUACACCCACCAAGUCGCCACUGGCGUCGCCUCUGGCGUCUCCUCUGGCGUCUCCGCUAGCCUCGUCGCUGGCGUCUUCAUCACUUGCGCAGUCUGUGAUCGCGUCAUCCAUUGCCGCGACGUCGGCGUUGUCGCUGGCAUCUCGAUCCCCGAUGCCGUCGCCGCUUGGCUCACCAGUGUACUCUUCAUCGAAGUCUGUGUUGUCUUCAUCGUCCCAGUCGUCGUCGUCGUCGAUCAUGGGGCCGCUACAAUCGCAUCAGUCGCAGAAGUCGCCGUCCCUCAGCGAGGCCGCAUCCAGUCACAAGAGGCCGCACGAGGGCUCGCCGCCGAUGGCCGGUAUGGCCGCAAUGCCGGCUAACGUGGCCAGCAUGUCGUCAAUGAUGGCCGCCAGUCCGCCGCUACUCUUUCCCGGCGACAAACGUCUACGUGGAGAGUUUAAGGUCAAGUCCCACCCAUGUGCGCAUUGCCACAAGGCAUUCGCUAACCAGCAUCAGCUGAACCAGCAUCUGAGAGUGCACACGGGCGAGCGGCCGUACCACUGCUCGUACUGUGAGCGCAGCUUCAAGCAGCUGUCGCAUCUCCAGCAGCACACGCGGCUGCACACCGGGGAGAAGCCAUAUAAGUGCACGAUGCCGGACUGUGGUCGCGCCUUUGUGCAGCUGUCCAACCUGCAGCAGCAUUUGCGCAACCAUGACAGCCAGCUGGCGAAGAACUUUGCUGAGAAGCGUCCAUAUCGCUGCAUGGUGUGCUGUAAGCGUUUCGCACAGGAGGCCAGUCUUGAAUCUCACAUGCAGAAGGAGCAUUCGGCCGAGUCGGCCCGUAUACAGCCGUCGCCGCAGCAAGUACAGCGCCAUCUACCGUGCACGUUUUGUGCGCGCGUGUUUGACAGUGAGGCAAACCUAUUUCACCACGUGCGCGUCGAUCACAAGGAGCAGUGGGAGAUGUUCUGUCGGGGCCGCCCCCUCAGCGAUGUUGCACCGGAUAAGCGACGCGACGCCUUCUGCUGCCCCAUCUGUGGGAAGGCCUACGUGAACGAAACUUGUUUGCGCAAGCAUGUGACCCUGCACCCUGAGCAGAUGACAAGUCCAAAGACGUCAGCAUCUGCUGGGGCGGCGGCAGCGGCGGCGGCAGCAGCAGCUGCAGCAAUCGUUGCCGCUAGCAACUCCAGCGUGCGCACCUGGCCCUGCACUAUCUGCGAGACAGUGUUUCCACAGGAGGCGGGACUGCUGCAGCAUCUGAGACAAAAGAUACACGACGACCAGCAUAGGUUUGUUGCUCAGUAUCUGCUGGAUAAUGGUGUGCCCAUGCCUCCACGCGGCGCCAUGACAAACUAUGGACACGAUCGCCGCGGGGACGACAACGGCCACAUGUCCGUGAACAGUUUACCGAGUUCUUCGCAAUAGCUAACUGCAGAGCUACAUUUGCCUUUCAAUAUGCAUUUCAGCCAUGCUCUGCCUUUAGAGAGGAUGAAAAUGUCCUUUGUUUCUGCCAAAUUGUGAUGAAAUGUGAAAUUGGUUUUAUUUGAGGAUGUCGUUAAGAAAACCACCUCCACGUGGCGUUUUCGUCUCAUGAGUAGCUAGCGGAAAACAAUGAUUAAUGUGUGGUUGCAUACAGGUCGCGAGUGGUACCAUUUUGCAGGACUUUGCAUAAAAGACUGGAGUUUCCUUUCGUGACUCUCACAAAGUCACCCAUCUCUUCAGCUGUUUGGAGCUCUUUGGAUAAUUAACAAAUUUGAGCAACUCUUGACUGAAUGACAUAAUGUAUAGCGGCAAUACAAUACAAUACAAAGAUGGCCCCAUCAAAGCGCUGUUGUUCAACACCUAUAGGCAUAGAAACCACUCCCGUAGUAAGGCAAUGGCUGCACAGUGCCAGGAAGUGUCCCUCCUUUUUCCCCUUUCCCCCGGAUGGGAAUAACCGAUGCCUAGUUGCUAUCGUCAUUCUGUGCAGUUUUGUUAAGUUAGCAACUGCAGUUUUAUGCGGAUCCCUGCAGCACAACAGUGACUAUAUCACUGGUGUAGACCAAACGCCAUGACUGCCCUCACUCUGCUACUCCCGAGAGGUUACGGCUCUUCUGGAUGACAUGCUCUUACUUGAAUUUCCCUGAUCGAUCCGUCGGAGAGAGUCCUGUGCUGACACGGCUGAUCGAGGGGCAUCUGUUGACGAUGCUUCGAGGAGUGUAGAAUUCUAAUUAUGAUAUUUGAACUUCAGUGAGUAGUAUGUAAGUUGUUCCUUUCAGAUGCACGGCGGUUCUGCAUCUCUCAUCCUUCCAGUAGUUAUACAGUUCAACUCGACCGUUGAGUUAACGUGGAACGGGAAUCGUGGGCUCACCUUAGAGUGUAAUGCUAAGCAGUCAUGGGUCUUUGCCUUUCUGCCGCAGAGCCGCCGUUCAUAGAGCAUAUAGUUCAUCUUGCAUGUUAAACUCGAUAGAUAUAAAGGUAAACGUAAUAGUCUGUUACCGUGUUUUGGCUAGAUAUGGCUCUAUAUUCCACCCCACCCGCACGCUUUUAAUAGUUGAGCAUACGUACCCGCAUACUCCUCAGUGUUCAAGCGAUAUACUGUAGUUCGUCUUGGUGGUUGAUUAAUUGCUCUCGUUGCCGCUCUGCUUUUUACGUACGUGCGCGAUCAUGCUGCGUGGACAGGUGCGGGGAGACCUCCUGUUAUGGCAGCGUCGUACGCUAUAUGAGGAAAGGCACGUGGAUGCAUACAUCAACACGUAGAUGUUUCGUUUCACAUGUAGUAGCCGCGUCCGCUCUCUGACUUCAUUGGUAGCGUACCAGCACACGCCCAUGUAACUGUCUAUACACAUACGCAUCGGCCGCAAACUUUGCGCCGAUGCUCUCCCACUGCUUCACUGCGCAAUCGGGAAAAUGCAUACAUGUCAAGUAAAUCGGUUACAGCGUACAGAGAAUUGCUACAGUCGUUUGAUGAUAUGACAGAGGGCUGGCCUGGUUAUAAAAUGAUCUAUUGUUAAUUAGAAACGCCAUUACUGUGUGGGGGUCGCAGGAUCACCCUGUGCGAGAAGUCUUUCAUUGUGCGCAUAAGUCGCACACCGUAAGUUAGUCUUUCUUUAACUAUGCUUUUGAGUUUCGCUUCAUUUACGAUGUUUUUAUGUGUAACCCAGAAUAGUGCGGACAAUCAAGUUUGUGUACGUCGUCACGUAAUGAUACUAGAUUUUUAGGUUUAUAUUAAGAGUAGGUAUCAUUGUUCAUGAUACUUGCGCUCUAGGAUUGCAGGUGCUGUCAUUUAUUCCAUAUCAAACGGAGGUUUUCUAAUGCUACCGCAAUUACGUACCCUGAGCAGACAUCUAGCGCAAUAAUAUCUGGUUACCAGUGCGUUUCAUCGGAAUGCUGUACGAAUGUUUAAACCGCGCCGUGGCGAUCAUAUUAUACUGUACGUAACGACGAGACGGUCGCGCGGAUUAAUGUUGAUACAAAAUAGGUCUGCCUGCGGGCUACUUAUACUAAUAAGGAUGUAACUGCUGUGGUAACCAUGCGGAUUAUUGGGCUAGCGUGGUGAAAACUGAAAGCGGUUUAAGGUGAAUAUAUGAUUGCACUUGUGUGUCUUGGGCCAGCAAUUAUUAUGUGUACCCAGUGCAGUGGUUUUAGCGUAGUAGAUGGCCACUUUAAUUUGUAAAGCUGGUUCACAUUGACGAUAGUAGUCACGUGACACAUACGUGUGGUUGAUAGUUCUUUACGAACGAAUAAAGAACGUAGAAUGUAAUGUGUUGUAAGUGUGCAAAACUUUAUAAGGGAAUGGAUAUACAUAUAUGUACAUACUAGUAUGUAGUUUUAACAAUUUGGAUACCACCUCUGAGUUUGUGCCCGGAUAUCACUAAGCGUAAUGAAAUGGUAGUAGGAGAGUCACCCACGUCCUGCUUGUCUCUACUCGACUCUUUCGAGACCAGUGUGCGUAAUUCUAGAUAAUUGCCUACUUUUCGUGAGUUCAGUGGCCUGGCACACGCCAAGAGGUGAGGAAGAAAAAUUGCUAUAUAUCGUUCAUUGUGACACUGUUUCGUUUGUCGUAUGCUCUUCCCUUGUAAACUUUUGAAGCAAGUUAUAAGCUGAGGCUGUGAUCUUGAGAAUACAAAAAGAAAUUUUGUGAUCUCCGACCGUUAAAUUUGAAAUUUACACAGACAGACAGGCAGGCAUGUAGGCGCCAAAGAAAACGAGAUGGUGCUCGGUUAUUCCUCUACUGGAUAAUACCUGAUGGGGAGAAUGGCAACCCGCAUAUGUUCCUUCACCAGUCGGCAUACAGUGUGCUUCAGUAUUCGGUGCUUUGUAUUUGCUACUGUGUAUCUGUUUUUUUGUGUAUAAAAAAUUAAGAAAGAAAACGUUCUGAAGGCGUCGGUCUGUAAGGUUAAUUCCAUGUAGUCAUAAUAGAGGGACGCUCGACGGGCGUGCUCGAAAGGAUCGUGUCUUUACCAGCCAGUCAGCCACCGGGCGAGAGAACAUGGCUCAUGCGUUGGUGCGUUUCUAUGUUUAUACGCCGCUGAUACGUUUAGCAUUUCUAGCGUCCUCCGGGGCUGAGAGAGAGAGAACAGUGCUCGCGUUGCAACCUCAUCUGCGCUUUGCAUCGUUAUAGUGGAUUCAAAUCUAGUAAACGACGUCGUUUCAACUCUCGUAGAACGGCUUUGUGUUCGGCGGAAAGUUAUAUUCUAUGUGCGUUGCAAGCCAAAGAGACUCGCCAUUGUGAUUGUGAAACACUUUUUGCGGAACAGUAAUAUGACACGCGCUGCGAAAAAGAUCCUUGACCGGUCAUAGCACAGGUGCAAGGCUUAGCAUUUUCUCCCCAAGCCCCUCAGGCAGCCAGGUUUCAUUGUUUGUAUUAAAAGUCAAAUAUCUGAGGAUAUUGAAAGAUCAUGCAAUGUCUUCGCCACGAGAUUUAUGGAGAAAGUAGUUAAAAAUGAGCGCAUUGAGAGUUCUAGAUCUAGCGUGCUGCCUACAGGCGUAAAGCAUACAAGAUUAGCAAUAUAGGAAGUGAAAGCCAAAUGUAUGUUGUUAUGUGCGUGUGUGUGCGUGCGUGUCUGUUGUUAUGUGAGUGUGUGCAUGUUUUAGAACAGUACAGUAUCUGCAAAGGUUUUUUAUAUCCUAUUUGGGAUAUGAGAAAACGAGAGAAAGAACGCACGCGAGACAGUGCUGGGCGUUUGUGUAGAUGUUUGCGCACAAAUGACAAACACGUCCAUAUACGAAAGACUGAGUACACUUGCGAAAUCCUAGUCAUGAAAGUCUUUAGGUAUAGUUUACCGAAGAUUUGGCGUGAACAAAUUGAAAAACCCCUAAUAACAAGAGCAGAUCGCCCGUUCCAUUAUCUGCAACAUUGCCUGUCGUGUGAUUCAUGAGCAAAUGAAACUACUGCUGUGUAGAUUUAGUUUCGAUGAUAAUUCGUUACCGAAGUUAUUGGAUGGCAAUUAGCUCUACGUGGUCACAGCUAUAGAUCGCAGCAAAUCUAUCGUAGCUGUCACAAUAUGGCACCAAAUCAUGAACUAAGCAGCGGCGUUGAUACAGCUGUGUCUCUGAUCACCGUAGCAAUGGCACCGGCGUUCAAUAUUAAGUGUGGUAUUAAUGUUGUAUUGAUGUGGUACUAAGUGUGGUAAGACUGAGAUUCUCACGUAACGCGUGACUGGUUGGGCCGACGUCGACGGUGAGGUCGCGCGUAAGUCGUAUGGUGUAAAUAGUGGCUAGUCCAUGCAUGUGUUUACGUGCUUCGUCAGCAUGUGUGAAAGCCACAGCUAUGUUCCGUAUGUAGAGACUUUGGAAUUGUGAUACUUUUGUAGGUGCCAGUCGGCAGUGGCCGCGUUGGUACGUGAACGCAUCAAACCUUUAUAUAUCCGGCUUGAGUCUCAACACUUGUUAAAAGACUGAUAAAAAGCUUUCAAAGAAAGUGGCGGUCGGAUGUCAAUCGUUGAGUCGAGGAUAUUUUUGUAAAAUAUGCUACCUAUGCUACCUAUUGUGUUCGUAUAAUAUACUAUUUAGCUUUAGAUAUUGUAUGCUAUUUUGUGUCGACUGACACAUAGUGUCAUGUGAUUGAUGACUGUACUCAACAUUGUAAACGACGACGGAGCUGUCUGGUCCGCCAUGAUGUCCAGUUUCGACAGAGCCUGCCCAGAUCGUGCUCCUAGUUUUUAAUGAGACCGGGAGCCAACCCCCUUUAGGAGAGUACUCCUUUGUCUGGGUUACGUGAUCAUAGCUUGUAGUUGCAGACAGAGCUAAAAGGACAAAUAAAAUGUCACCGUAAUGCCUUCGUAUGUUAUUCGAGGGAUUGUAUUUAUAUGGCAAAUAUACAAAUGUUAACAUAUUUACUGAAUAGAUCCUCUCUCUUUGCCACUUGUUAGCUGUUUGGUAGGUGCAAAAUUACAAGACGUUAAGCAUGCCAGUGCUAGGCUAAUUUUCUCGUGUAAAUAUGUAUAAAAAUGAUACAGUUGGCUUAAAUGAGAAUUUCCUUAGAAUUUCACGGUAGUUAAUAACGAAUUAUUUAUGUGAAGAAAUUGCACAACGAUAUUCAUUUUAUAUGGUUCGAGUUUUAAAACCCAACUAUUGUCUUCUGCGCAAUUCUAGUUGAUGCAUGUUCUGGGCUGACACCACAGAAUGAGGUAAACCAGCAAAGUUGUCUUGCAAUGUUGAGUAUCAUUGGAAAUCUUUAAUGUAAGUUUUAAGUUAGAUGUGCAGAUUUAGCCACUUAUUCAAUUGUAAAUUAAAUGUAUACAUUGUCAUAAAAUGCACUCCCUCCCCAAGUAUAACAAAGAAAUUUAUCCGAAAUGUUAUCUCAUCAAACUACCCGUGUUGUAUUUUCGCCAGCUGACGUGCUAUUCUGUUUGUGCUAUUAAUGUUGUGGUGAUAGGAUAUUUGAAGUGCCCACGUCUCAUCACAGCUCAAUUGUUGCUGUCGCGUCUACCACUAACAUUGUUUAAACACUUUAACGAAGUUUCAUAUCACCCUGCCAUCUCAUAGACGCAUCAUCUUUCCUUUUCCAACCCGCCAUCGCGAACCCGAUGCACUUUUAAUAGUUUAGGAAAAGUAAUCUUCAGUGUCAUUGCCAAGUGAUUGAUCUCACAGUCAUUCUAUUUUCACGUCUUGGGCGGGUUAGCACAGAAUGCUGACUGCUCUAUUACCUGUAAACUUGUACUAGCACAAACAAAUGUGGCUAGUUUUGUGGUUGUGACUCAUUCUUUGCCACCUUUUCUCAAAUUGCUAUCUGGCUCGUUAUAAUGACACAACAGUGAUACGUUCGUGCAAUAGCUUACUGUUGGAAAACCCGCCUGAGACAACAAAAUCAUACGAUCACACAGAUCCUUGUUUAUUUACAAAUAUGAAAAGUUGGUACCUCACUAAAUGAGAAGCUUGUCAACAUCUUAAAUUGCCACGGUUGCCCUAUACACUAAACGAGCACUGAUUGUUUGUGUUCUUCUGCUGUGUCCGCAAAAUUAUUAUACCAUUAUUCCUUUGUUUGCCUUCGUGGCAGGGACGUCAUUUCUCCACUUGUUGAAAACUGGUCACGCGCUUUUCUGUAGACGCUUGUAAGUAGAUUGCAAUAAUGUGUCGCAGAAGGGUCUUUCAGCGGAAAUGGACAUGGCACAUUUCUAGAACAAAUGUGUACGUUAAUGUACGUGCGUUUUUUUAGAUACCAUGGGCACUUGCUUGACAGUAAGACGUCCGGAAAUACGGACUAUUGUUUCUAAUGAGAAGUGCAAUAAAUGGUUCUUUGUGCGAACGGGGAAGAAGCAUAAUGCAUACCUAUUAGAAAGGCUGGACUGUUCUUAUGGAGUUGGCGAUCGAAGAAUAUUGCUAUGUGUACAUGGUGACAGUUGCAGAGGAAAACGGCACUAGGUAUUUCCACAAAUUUCGGUACAUUCAAUGUCAUUAAUCGGUGGUGGUAUGGCAUUAGAUUUUCACUGGCAAACUGACAAGCUACUGAAAAAUUGUGACAGGACAGUGAGUCCUCCAACACACGCCGACUGUUUGUGCUCAAAUCUGAAGAGAAUAAAUGUUUCUCAGAGUCAACUGCUGUGAUGAUAGUGGGGGAAAUGUAGAAGGAAAAUGUUCCCUGCAAUGUCCCUUCAAAAAAUGAUACUAAUCUCCUUGGUGGGUUCUAAAAGAGGUCUCAGUAAGAGACGAAUUAUCAAUUUAUCGGUGGCUGUGAGUCAAGCUUGCCACGUGAUACCGGAUGUGUAGUGAUGAGUCAUGUUUCAAUACUGUUCAAGUGUUCAACAACAAGUGUACAGUGCCUUUAAGACGAGCUAAUGUCUGUUCCCACCGCUCCCUUCCCAAUUUAUGUUGUCAACCGUCCAAACAUUAGCAUCAUUACAUGAAUCAAGAUAAUUCUCAACAGGUGAGGUAGACGUUUCAGAGUAUUGAGAAUAAACGAGGAAAUGAUGUCGCAUUAUCUAUAUCGCUUUGCGUCUGAUGGCGUUUUCAUGUAAUAUUAAAUUGUUGCUUUAAGAUGCUAUGAAAUAAAGUGAAUGCUUCUG